GAACGUGUUUUCCAUUUCAAGCGUGGUUCAGCCAGGUAUAGUCCGCCUCCCACCCCAUCCGAGUGAUUAGUGCGCACGGUGUGAAUAGGUGAUAGAGACAAAGACCGGCUUCUUCGGACACCUGUGGACCAAACUUUGCACCGACAGACGGAACAGACGCGGAACCGUGCUUUCAGAUUUAAAUUUGGCCUUUUCAAAUUAAAUCACAUUGCUUGUGCGGUUCGUGCUGUUCAAUGGCCCAAUGUCUCGUGUUUGAGUGCGUAACGAAGCUUGAAAACAAUUGGUAAUCCGAUAUCCACCUUGGUGGGUCGGAUUGCGGUGGCUUAACCUGUGGUAUUUCCACUUUUUAUCGCAGUUUAUGUGUUAACAUUUGUGAGUGGAACGUCAACAAGCGAAAAUAAUUCAUUUCUACCGUGUGAGGGUUUUUUUGUCCUCCGAUUCUAUGAAAUAUUUUACGCAAGAUGUAAUAUGAGCAUGACGUUCAUAAUUUCCUGUGAAUAGCAUCGUCAACGUCAAACAAUCUGAAUUCCAAACAUUGAACAAUAGACGCGUCGAGUUUGGUGGUUUUUCGCUGGAAUUAAAGCAACCUAUGGAAAGUGGUAUUAGCGUAUGAAAAAUCACGCCAGAGGGGAGCGGAGCCCGAAUAAACGAACAUAAAUGAAUCCUAGCCUCCUGUGGUUCGAAGACUAAUUGAAGCUCACCGUGGUGAAUGAGACGUUAGUUUUGAACGAGCGGCAGUUGGUCGAAGCAAAUUCGUUCUGGCGUGCUCUGCAAAGAAAAGGAUUUACCAGUGAUGAGCGAUUGAGUGAUUUCAAUUUUGCAUGAUCACGAACGGUGGAAAAGUGUGCGCGUUUAUCUGCGAGGAAAAGUGUAGUGUGUCGCAAUAAUCAACUAAAACGAAGGGAAACAACGAAAACGAAAUUUGCAUAGGAUUUGUGCAAACAGUUUUAAUGCUUCUGGGUGUGGAUUAGUGGCAAACUUGGAUCCCGUGUGCAGCUUAUUGGUGUGCUCCGGACAGCUCGAGGUAAAGAAUAGCCUGUCGUGAAAGCAGGGUUCGCUAGGAAAAUUAGUUUUCUCUUCGUGCUACCCUUCUCACCUUGAACAUAUUUAUCGAAGGCCAGACACCACACUUGAAACCUUUUCACCGAUUCCAACCGCAUCCGCUCGUUUCGUUGGCCAUUAUCCUUCCAACCUUGUUUGGAUAAAAGGCCCCCGCUUCGAAGCAAUUUUCCUAUUUCCACCGUUGCACGACCCGUCGUCGCCGCCAUAUAGCAAGCCAUGUGAAGACAUCCACUCGACCCGUUCACAACAUACUGCGAUUGAUGCGUAGCCAGUGGUAACGACACUACUCAUCUCGCAUACCGCUUACUGCUGCUCAAUUGCUGCGAGCUGGGUGCCGAAAAGAAUGUAGGAUGAAAAUUCCAAGCACCAACGAUUACACUGUCCGCUGCUGUUCGUGCUUUUCCCGUAGUUGUCCCCUCGCGGCCAUCGUCAUCAAGUUGGACAACACAAUAUGCACAUUACUUCGCACGGCGGCGGCAUCGGUGGAAGAGGUCGUUCCGGAGGCGCCUUCAUCACUGGACCGGGAAAAAUACUGCUCUGCUGUGUGCACAUUCUUCUCGUGCUGAUCAACGAUGCUUUCGUCGAUGGUCUACGCAAGGGGAGGCUCAUGGUGCCGGCGAGCUACACGGCCCAAAUGGACGAUUUGGACAUCCAAUUGCAAACGGAGGACGCCCCGGCCGAGCUGAUGGCCAACGAUGCAUCCGAUCUGAAGCUACAAAUUUCGCUUGUCAAACCAACCGGUGGAACGACAAUCUCACUAUUGGACAUAAAACCGGAUGUGAAUCACAACGUGACGCAAAUAAAGAUUCCCUGUGGUUAUUUCAUGCACGGAGGGGUUUACGAGUUGAGCGUUGAGCAGCCGGUCGUCAACACGGCAACAGCCGGCAUUGAGGUUGACGAGCGAUUGCGGCAGCAGUUGAACGUGAGUUGGCCAACGCCAACUGUUAGUCUAGUGCCUAGUACGAUCAGUACAUAUCCGGAGGAAAUUGUCCGGGGGAGCCUACGGUUCGCGGAUGUUCGAUGCCCGAACGCGACGGCAAUUAACGAUGAUUCGGCCGACGUGCCGGAGUUCUGGCUUGAACUAGUCUACUGUGGGCGCAACGAAGCAUGCCCAGUGGAAAAUAUUUCCAAGCCGCAGAUACUGUUCUCGGAGCAAGUCCGAGGUUUUCCUAGCUCUAGAGUUAUUAAUUUUCGCUGUGAUCUUUUCGGAUUAGCCGGAUAUUAUAUGUUACAUUUGCGUUCGGCCCACCACGACCCAACGUUAUUAGGGAUUUUAAGCGGGGCCAGAGCGUUGUUGAAAGCCGAUUGGAGUAAACAGUAUGUGUUUACGGUGCACGCUAGAAGUAUAUUUCCCUGUGAUGCUCACAGCUCCGGGAUCCACGUCCUGUUCCAGUACCCUUCCUGUAUUCUGAAUCAAUCGGAUCGGGUAAGGGUUUAUGCAAAACUCCGAGCGGACGUAUCAUCACUAGUGCCUCCAACGUCGCUGCAUUACAUCGCCGAGCAACGGGUGACAAAAGGGCAGCAUGCGCUGUAUUUCGAGUGCGACCUGUUCUAUGAAAAGUACAUCGAGUACUGUUUCGUAUACGUGAGCCAGGCAAUUUCCGGUGCCGUUGCCGAUAUACGGAUGGACUGUGUGCCAACGCUUCCGGUUUCGCCCUCCGAUUCGGGCGGAUGGGGACCGUGGAGCAAUUGGACGCACUGUUCGACUACCUGCCGCGGUGGGGUGAGAAAUCGGUAUCGGUUCUGCGAUUCGCCGCCCCCUCGAUAUGGGGCAAAGUUUUGUGAGGGUGCAUCCGUUCAAACAGAACGCUGUGGCACACAAACAUCGUUCGAUUCGUGGGAAUGCAUGUUCAGCCCCGGAGCCGGUAGCAAUCUCCCGGCGGAAAUCUCCGAGGUGAACACGGAGGUAGGACCGGCAUGCCGAUGUGGCUGCAUCAUUCACCUGGGAGCAGUCAAGCCGAAACGACUAAUUGCAUCCUCGUCGGAGAGUUGCCCCGAGAGAAGCCUGUGGCUGGUCCAGGGCGAUGAAGGGCAUCGUAUACGAUUCACCAUGGACUACAGUAAGUUCCCGUGCGAUCAACAGUGGCUGAAGGUGCGCAACGGCGAUAAGCUCUCCAAUGAGUUGAUUUUGGAGUACGCCUCGGGACACAUCGAGUCCGGAAAGAGUGCUGAUUCCACAGGGUCCCGUCUGUUAGUGGAAUUCCAUUCCAAAAAGAUGGAACACUAUGACGAGAACUGUAUUGCAGGGUUCCUCGGACAAGCUGAACAGAUAAGAAUAAUACCCAACAAUGUAACCAUUUCGAUAGCCAGCAAAGUCAUCAUGCCAUUCGUGCAAUCUUUUAGCUAUGCCAACCUCACUAUAGCUCACAUAUGUGCAAUAGUAUUCAUAAGUUUCAUAAUAUUUUUAAGUUUUUUGCUAUUAGUGCAGUAUGUGUUCCGAUAUCGAAAGUAUGAACUUGCAACCAGCCGAAUAGAACCGGAUUCGCCGGCUCAUACGCUCUUUGGUUCAGGUGUGUCCCUAAACAACGCACAACAGCCGCGAUCACGUGCCAUGUCAACGACCACGUUGAUAUCGGAGAUCGUCUCUUAUGUAAAGCUGCGACCCAAGAAGGGUUCUGUCAUGCAUGACCGUCUUCGAGAAAGUGUAGAAUACAGUAUUGAAAAUUUUGACCAUCCUUCGGACGGCAGCGCUGAACUGAGUGGGAAGGCCACAUCGAUGGAUAAAGUGGAUGAAAUCCCGAUGCAAAGUCUGAACAAUCUGGACCAUCCCAAUGAAAGCGACUGCAGCUCUCCGAGGGAAGUGGUCGAGCCAUCUUCAGACGAUCAGUCAACGAACGUCAGUUCAGCCUAUUCGACGUUAAACAGGGAAGAGACGCCACUAGUAGUGAGACGAGAACAAAAAGUGACCCCCGAGAGACGAAAUCAAAGUAAAAGGGAGCGAUCACCCAGCGAGAAAACACCUCUUGCGAGUAGUAGUAGCACAGUUACGUUAACAAAUAUUAGUCCAUCCGACAUUGAAUGCUCCUCGCCGGCAUCCAGCGUGGCUAACUCCAUUCGAUAUCGAACGCGUAAUCUCAAGGAGAGCAAAGAAAAGAAAAACCUCCAAAAGCUACUAGCCGGUUCGGAUUUUUCCCUGGGUCACCCGGAGGACAUGGAGAUGGACUACUACGACUACAAUGUGACGAACGCCGGGGCGGCACCCGGUUCUUACCUCGGAAUGGAUCCUGCUUUUUUAGUAUGGAUUCCUCCCCUCAACGAUGAGGACAUCUCCGAAGAAGUCGAACUGGAGGAAACCACCGACGGCGAAUCGGCGAAUCUACCUGCCGAAAACCGCAGCGCCAACGUGACUCCAAACGAAGAAAUUGUGAAAAUUCUUCAACAGCGUAGAAACGAUUACCUGAUAGUGAACAGCAUUUCCAAGAGCGAUAUCUACGCGGAAGUACAAGACCCAACGGUGGAUAACCGCUCCAUCCGAGAAUCUCCGGUAGCCGCUGUCAACAGAAAGAAUCACCUACAGGAACUGGCCUUUAACAAUGCACGGAGGAAAAUCAGUCCUCCCGUGGGACAAGAACUCGUCGAGGAAGGACGCGAAAAGGAAACGUCUUUCACCAAGUCGCCCGUGGACAACAAGCAGAUCACGGAUUUGUACGACUCGGCAGAUAUUCAGUUCGCCGACGACGAAGAUGACGAAGACGCUGAUCCGGUGCCAUCUCCUCCGAGACCAAGCAAGCCGGCGAAAUCGACCAAAGUGUGAAACGCGUGUACAAUUUAUAUUCGUGAAACUGGGCAUAUCGGUAGAGAUUUGUGUAGGCCGUAUUUAUUUUGAACGAACUUUUUUAGACCUUCUUCAAGGAAGCGUAUAGAAUGGGGCCCCUAACUAUAGUCAGGAAAUUUUGUAGUUCGGCAGCUAAAACAACUUUGAGUACAGAAAUAUAUUUACAACGAUCGGAGGACAAACGACUAGCGGUUGACAAGUAAUUAUCUCGGUAUAUUUAGAUGAUGAUAUUAGUAGCGCAAAAGAAAAUAUUUUAUAAACACAAUGUCGUGGCUAGGAUCCUUUUGUGAGUUGAAGAUCCUCUUUUUAUUGAUAGCUAGAGAGGAUUGAUUAAUGUGAAUUCAGUAUUAGACAUUAAAAAGCCCAGUGGAUUGAAUUGUCGUUGUAGCUGUAAAUUAGGAGCAUAAUAAUAGAUGCUUAUGAAUUGGACGCUUUUGAUUUAGUGAGAUAUUGCGAGAGCAGGUAAUAAUAAUCGCAGAUUGCAAAUUAUGGUUCUUUUUGCUAUUUUCAAGGAGGAAGAAUUAGGAUCUAUGAUCUAUGAAUAAUAUUGUUUGAUACUUGAUGGGCAUCAGCUUUUGGAUGUUAGGUCUUUUAGAAAACAAGGAUUAUUUCCCACUAUGACCAGUCCUUUAAUGAACAGGUAGACUUUAAUGGAAUGAGAUGAUUUUUUUUCACAAUGAAAUUAUAAAUUUCUCGGUUAACCUGAAAUGUCAUGCCUCCACUACUGCUCUGCGAUCGAUUCCAAAUCCAAUGAGGUCGAUGUCGUCCGCAAAGCCCAGGAGCAUAUACGACCCUGUGAUGAUUGUGCCGUUCCUCUGCACGCCAGAUCUCCUAAUAGCGCCUUCGAGUUGACACUUCGUCUGCAAUCCGAAUACUUGAUUUCGAGUUAUCCAGCGUAUCAAUCUAAUCAGUUUCGCCGGAAAACCAUGUUCGGACAUUAUCUGCCACAGCUCAUUUCUCUUCACUGAAUCGUACGCUGCUUUGAAAUCAAUGAACAGAUGGUGAGUCUGCAAGUUGUACUCCCGGAAUUUAUCAAGGAUCAUCCGCAGGCUAAACAUCUGAUCCGUCGUUGAACGGUCCUCACGAAAACCUGCCUGGUAUUCGCCGACAAAGGACUCCUCAAACGGUCUCAGUCUGUUAAACAGAGAAAGCGAUAAAAUUUUGUACGCCGAGUUCAGAAGGGUGAUCCCUUUGUAAUUGGCGCACUCUGGUCAUUGACCUUUCUUACAGAUUUGGCAUAUGAGGCCAUCCAACCAACCGGCAAGCAGUUCUUCAUCCUCCCAUAUUUUCUGGAUAAUGUGGUGGAUCGAUUAAUGCAGCUGCUCAUUUCCGUGUUUGAGAAGCUCGGCCGGGAUCUAGUUGUUCCCAGCAGCUUUACUGUUUUCAGCUCGUUUAGAGCCUUCUUUACCUCGUCCGGCGUUGAUGGUUCCACAGCGUGACCGUCGCCGAAUAUGUCCAUCCUGCUCAUAAAUACACCUUCAUUUUCACCGUUCAACAAAUCUUCGAAGUGCUCCUUCCACCUUGCUGCAAAUUCCCCGGGCACUUGUGCAGUCUUAUGCCGCGCGCCAUUGACGUUGCGUAAAACCUGCGCAUAUCAUUUCUAUCCAUGUUCUCCUGCGCUUCAGCUAUCACACACUCUACGUGUUGCCUUUCAUUCUGUGGUGGAUCAGUGUUGGUGGAAUCAUGCUCAAAUCAAUCAUCGAAGCAUCAUGCGCGAGCUAACUCGUUUGCGAUUCUGUAGGGACAUCAUCGCGCUUGAGUUUUCCACGCAGAAUCGUAUCGUUUCGCUCAUCCGCCGAAAAAUAAUUUCGUUCCAAAAAAACGUCUAAAUCCAUUCAAAGCGUAUCUACGUAUGGAUUUAUUAUCCAUUGUUUUAAGCAAAGAUGUUCGAAUUUGAGAAUUUCCCAACACUGCGAAUUUGUUUCUCUUCUGCCCUUGCUACACUGUACCGCUCUCUGCUGGAACGGGUACGAUCCACUAGCAUUCAACUCCUAGCAGCAUUUUUCUCGUUUAUCAGUCGCUGGCACUCCUCAUCAAACCAACCAUUUCGUUGGCAUCGCUGUGCAGUGUCUAACACUUCCUGCACUGUUGUAGUCACAGCUUCGUGGAUAUUUCCCCACAAUCCGGUCGCAUCUCCUACCCGUUCGUCCAGAAUUAGCUGAAAUAUCAAACAUACCUAAAUGCAAGGAAAGCAUUCAUGAUUCGAAUGGCCGGGUUCGAUCGAUCCAUGAAAAAUAUUGUUUACCGGCGGAGCAACAUACGCAAGUUUAUGAAGCGGACGACGACGAAAACCGACCAAGCAAUUUGGAUAAAUCCUCGGAAAUUUACUAAAAUAAAAGACUAUCGAAAUAAACGUGUUUGUCGUAACUUGUAUUUCACAUGAAUGAAUGACAUUAGUUUUCAUAACCGGAAACGAGCGAUCCUUAUCUUCUCUUCGUCUUGAUGGUUUUCCUGUAAGGGUAAUUUUCUUGCGCUGUCAGAUCAGGGAUCGUUUAAACAUUCAGUAACAUACACCCCGCCUUAAGGCGGAUGCCUUAAUUGGAUGGUAGCAACACCAGUUUAUGAACAGGUCUUUGAUACGUAGUUUGCCCUCUUUGAAGAGUCACGUUACGUACCAGCCCACUUCGAUCGGGAUGAACUGCUUUGAUCCGAGCGAGCUCCCAAUAUGCUGGAGGAGCAUUGUCAUUCUUCACCAGCACCAAGUCAGCUACCUUCAGGUUAUCCUGUGGUUCCUGCCAUUUAUUCCUGACUUGCAACGAUGACACAUACUCCCCUUUAAAGCGAUUCCACAAAUCU